CACCUGUUUCCCCACAGGUUCAGACCAUGAAUCAUGCAUCAGAAAUUCAGCAAACCACUGCAAUGACUACCACAGGAUCUGAACAAUCUUCAUCAGCCUUGCCAAUUACUGUUUCACCCUAUGUUAAGGGUAACAUGAACAAGAUGGCAAGUCAUGCAUCAGCAAGUCACCAAACUACUGCAACAACUGCCAUGGGAACUGAACAAUCUUUGGCAAGCUUGCAGGUGAGCCAUUCAUCAGGAGUUCAGCAAACUACCCCAAGGACUGCCCCGAGAAUUGAACAAUCUUUGGCAAGCCUGUCAACCACUGCUCUACCUGUGAUGCGACCGGACCAUUCUUCAGCAGUUCACUUGCCUAGUCCAUGUGGACCCACUUUCAACUCCGUGAUCUAUUGCAAGGGGAACAUUGCUGCUGCUUGUGAAUUUCGAGCCCCUGCCCCACACCUACAACGCUUCAGACCUUCGCCAGAAGUGUCACCGCCCUACCUUCCGCACCUUUCUAAUGGGAUGAUGCCAAGUCAGCAAUCACCCGGUAAUUCAUCAGUAGCGUCUUGCCGACCGACUCAAGUAACUGGCAACAAUACCAGCUUACCUGUUAUCAGGGGUUCUUUGUCUGGCCCGAGGCUGCCCAUCAGCAUUAUCAACUUGCCUGCUUCAGAGCUUCGAAGCCAGUCCUUAACUCCGGUUAAGUUGAAUUCAACUUAAAGAUGCCAUCAGAGUUAGUUUUGCUUCUCUGCUGAUGACUUGUCAGGCUAAAGAGUGAUAUUUUAGGAUGGUUUUCGUACAGACGGCAAGGUGUUUGGGACAUUUGGAAGUACAAAAAUAGUUUAAUUACAUUAGUGCUACAGGAAAAUAGAAGAACUAUGGUGGAGGCAUCAUCUUUAAUUAGUCAUUACAAAAAAAAGAUAAAAAAAAAAACACAACAAAAUGGUGCUGCCAAUGCCAUGGGCAUAGGAAACAUUAUGCAGUCUUUUUUGUUUUUUAUUUUAUUUUUUUGCUGAUUUUACCUAGUGUAUUGCAAUAUAUGUUUUGCUCACAAAUUAUGGUGUAUUGCUUUUGCUUUUGCUUUUGCUUUC